AUGGGCGUCCCUUCCAACCUGGAGCCAGAGUCGCCUGUAUCUGGAGCAGAACUUCUAGCCGCAUCCAGUCCCGGCACGUCAGAAUUCUUCGCUUCGCUUUUCGCGUACGCGCAGGACCUCGCGCCGGGCUUGCCCAUCAAUCGCGUCGUCUUUCAAUCAGUCCUUCUCUGCAUUCUCGCUGGCAACCGCUCGCUCGUCCUCCGCACCAGAGAAGAGGACGUGGCGCUGCUGGCCAACACAACUGCAUACCUUCUCGGCGGCCCACUCGCCUAUACAACACAUAGAGCUCGCAUAGCGCCUGCAGCCCAGCAUACCCCCGAGAGCCUACUGUCGAGCCUGUUCUUGUCGACGAACAAGACGCGUCCAAAGAAAGCUAGACGGGGCAGUGCCGUGCGCUCUCGUACCUUCCCGCCGCCACAGCCCUCGCCGACGGUUGCAGCGGCUCGGCUUCCUGCCCUUGCCGACUUGCCCGACGCUGACUCGCAGCGGCCGAACUCGUCCCAUUCGAGCCAGUUCACGCGUCCUCCUCUGCGUGUACUCGCGCAACAUGCGCUCUCAGAUUCAGCCGCGGACGUUGCGUCCGUAUGCAGCACGCGUGGAGAACCGCCGCAGGCGCUUGUCAUAUCUGGACUCGAGUACACCAGCAAGCCGUGUCAACGCGCCCUGCUCGAAGUAUUCCAGGACGGAUGCGUAGCCGCUGAGUACAUCGGCGAUGGCUCAGGCGCGCCCGUCCGCCUACCAGAUGGCUUCAUAUGCAUCUACGUAUGCCCAUUCGAUCCGUACGAACGACCCGCUAUCCACCAGAACCUCCUCGAUAAGUUCGCUCUCAGCGCGAACGUGCAUCUCACAGCAGCCCUACGAGAGACCUAUACCGCAUAUCUCGGUGCAUCUCUGCCGCCACCUGCGCCUGCACCAGGAACAUCUCUCCUUCCGCGUGUACUUUCGCGUCUACAACAACUCAGCACACCACAACACACCCAUCUCCCCGACGCAGCCGGACUCUUCCUCUCGCGCCUGCUCAGCGCAGCGCGACAUCACCCUGAACUCGACGCAGCUCUACUCGGUGCGCGCACACGACAAGACGCUGAAGCGCUCGCGCGUGCCUUCCGCGUGCUAUGCGGAGGCGAGAAAGUCGGCGCGCUUGUCGCACGCGUCGCUGCUGCUAUCGAUGCGGACGACUACGACGGGGAGACAGAUCUGGCGAGCACGAUAGAUGGUGUUGGCCUUGUGCCCGGCGGCGGAAGACAGGUCCGCGUUGUGCUCAAACAUGAAGCGGCCUCGGCAUUGUCCUCCCCGCGGAGAUCAGGCAGCGAAGAUAAGAGCCAUAGGCCACCCUCGGGGCUCACCGUAGUUCCAGGGCUGAUUGAAUACACGACGAGCGUACAGAAAGACCCGUCUCUCCCCGCUUGGCUGGCGGGAGACGAUGCAGACCCGAACUUGCGCUGGGACCUCAGCGAGGCGGACAUCGGCACCAUUGCGCCUCGCGUGCUAAGCCAUCGUCUGCGCAUGCGUACUGGACCUUCGGACGAAAUACUUGCCAGUGUUGUGUAUCACGCGUGGGGUCCUACGGAUCCCGAGAGGGAGAUGACGAAAGGCGUUUGGAAGAGAAGGACGGUGAAGGAUGUUUUGGUCCAGCUUUUCAAGGAGGUCUGA